GCAGAUGGACUAUGCAGUGACACCGAUAGUGAACAACGAAAGCGACCGCAGUGCUAGUACAACUCCAAAGAACUCUGCAACAAGAAUGCUGGAAAGAUUUGACGAACCAUACGAAGAUGUAAUAUCUUCUUUCUGGGAUUGGCAUAUUGUUCGUAGAAUACUUCACUUAGGAAGUGGACUUUUUGGGUUUGAAGUCCCAAGUUCUACACAGGAAAAUGUUGAGACACAUAAAGUGUCGGAAAAUAGAAAGUACAAAUACAGAAAGGCUAAAAGUGAACAAGUUGAUAUGGGGCAGGUGGAGAGGGAAGAAGGGAAUGUUUCGGAGCUCGGCUCAACUUUGACCAACACAAAUGUGGGAAAAAGUGAUAGGUUAGAAGGAAAUGGGGUGCAUAUUGAAGCUACUUCAGUUAUUCCUAUUCAAGUGACUAAAUCACGUGGACAUCGUUCCUAUUCACUUCCAACAAACGUUGCAGAUUUGACACAGGGCAACGCAACACAAUCGUUUUGGACUUUUUGGAAGCGAAAACAUCGUUGCCUUAGCUGUGUGAAGAGGAUACAAGGUGCUCAGGAUAUUCCAAAGAAUUUGUUGAACAUAGCAGUAACACAAGACGAUGAAGUGAUAACUACUCAAAUGCGUAAAGUAAAAGCAAUGAAUGCAAUUCAAUCGACUCGUUCAGAUACUUUACCACAGACAAAUGAGUCUAGUGAUGUUGCUUUGAUGACAACUGAAGAAGAUACAAAUGACUUUGACUAUCUUUCAACUUAUUCACAGCGUGGAAUCACUCUAUUUUUGCUGGAUUGGGAUGAUACGUUAUUUGCGUCGACAUUUUUAGCAUCUUUUGACAGCGUGGAAUUGCUAUCAGAGGAAGAAAGAGAUCAUUUGAGUAAGUUGGAGUUGAUAGUAACUCUUUUUUUAAAAGCUUUGAAUGCUCGUGGCCAUAUUGCUAUUGUGACGAAUGCAGAUGCAUAUUGGGUGGAAAUGACAUGUCAACGUUUUAUGCCAAAGGUUUAUUCUUAUAUACAAGAAUUUCAGGUGCUAGUUAUAAGUGCACGAAAUUUAUUUGGAAGUGAUUCACGAGCACCUAUUUCCAGUUGUCCUUCUGAUUGGAAGGCUGCAGCUUUUUUGAAGCUUAUGAUAUACUUUUUCUCUUCAACAGCUACUGAGAAAAAGGAAAUCUUGCAACUGAGUCAAUUAACUUGUGAGGAUUCAGAACAAACAGAUAUGCUAUGCAAUGUCUCUAAAGAAGGAAAACCUCCACUUUAUAUCAAGUAUAGUCUUUCUCGCUUUUGUGCUCAUCGGAAUUGGACAAAAGCUAUCCAUGCUUUGGAUGUAUUUCAUCGAAGGAAGAAUAAGAAGAUGGAAAAGCAGUCCUCGAGCGUAGUUAUAUCUCAAGUUUAUACAGACAACUGGAAAUUUGAAAAGGCUGUGUUGGUAGACAAGGAUUCCUUUGCUUGUCAUCAUAUUAUUGUUAUGGGCGAUGCUUGCUUUGAACACAAUGCAGUGAAUACAUUGCGGGCACAAUAUCCACAAGCACACUUUAAGUUUAUUCAGUUUAUUUCUGAACCCACAAUAACAGACUUGUCUCAACAACUCAAGUCUGUUUACGGUGCUUUGGAUGAAAUUGGAAACUUUGCCGGUAAUUUGGAUGUGAGGCUUAAACCUCAGUGAAAGAUAAUCUCAUAGAGAGAAAGAUAUUUCUUU